CAUGAGGCGCGGGGCGGCGCGCGCAGGUCGUAGAAUUGUGCGUCUGCGUCGUCAGCCGGCGUCUCUCACGCGCGGUAACGCUCAACAUCGUUUCUGUCAGCGACAUGUUGGCACAAAAUGGUGCCGUCGGGAAGAAGCGCGCCUCUCGUUCGCUUUGCCGCGUCGCUCGUUAUUAGUUGGAAGUUUCUGUUGGACUGAAUUAGUCGGCCAGCCCGUGGGGAGGAGGAGGAGGAGGAGGAGGAGCAGGAGCACCGGUGGUGGCGCAGCCCAGCCCAGCCCACAGCGUGUGCAGAUACAGUAAAAUACUGAAUGACGUGACGGGGGCGCAACAAAAAACAAGUGUUCCACCACUAGCUUUCGGUUUAAACGAGUUUUUUUUACGGUUUCCUUCGAAACCGCGUCGAUAGGACGCUGUCUUUCCGCCGUUCCGGCACCAUUCGAGCAGGGUCCGAGUAAAGAAAAGCCAUCCGAGGAGGAAGAGGGCCGCGAUGCUCUGCCGCCGGAGAGACGACGACGACGGGACGUCACGAUGAUGGACUCGCCUGGUUUCGAGCUGUGUCAGGAGCGCUGUGUGGCCACUGUGAAAUGUCAGGAACUGCGAUCUGGGAAGAAGGAGCUGAGACUCCUGUCACUGAUCGAGCGAUCUGGGGAGUUUGUGCUUGGUGUUUUGUCCAGCCCAGAUUCGGUGGUGACAAGUCCUGUGCCUCAGUUGUCUAUUCCCAUCAACAAACAUUUCCACAUGGUCCAAGAGGCUGGUGAGGCUCUUCUUAUUGACAUCUCCAUUGACUCCUCCAUGCGGGUCCGGGUGCAAGGAGAGAAUUCACCCGAGCUGUUACUGGAGCUGCUGGACGAUGAGCGAAGCCACUCAUUCUUCACGCAAGUGAGGAAGGCAAAGUUGCAAGUGACAUCUAAGAACUUGAUGAACAGAAGGGCGCACCUUUUGGACCCUUCCUGUGCUGAUCAAGAUGGCAGCCCCAAGUGUGUCCCUGUCGUUUCGGCAGCAGAAGUGCAUCAGCCUCCCCCAGUUAACAUUCCUCCCACAGGCCAGUUAAACAUAGGUUCCCAAGACCUGGUCUCUUCUUUAGUGGUAGAUUUUGGCUUUGAGGAACGCUUAGAUCAUAGCCUGAAGAUGGAAGAAAAAAAGAACCAGCAGAAUCGGGAAGUUCCUCUUCGGGCACCCCCGCCACCUCCGCUCCCUCCCCGGAGAGCACCUCCACCUCUUCCCCUGUCUAGCACCUCUUUGUCCGACCCUUUCCGAACCCAGCCUGUGCAGAGUAGAGAGGUGUUCCGGGUCAGAGAUCCGAAGCCCCCUGUGGAUAUUCCCCGGGUUCAACAGGGUGGCGUCUCCACCACCCCUACUCUGAGAUAUGCAAUCUCCAAUCAGGCUGCGCCGCGUGAUGGCCUUAUUAAGCACCACUUGAUCAAGAGGGAGCAAGAAUAUGUAGAUAUCCAUGACUUCAGGUUCUUUGUAGGGACAUGGAAUGUAAAUGGCCAGUCUCCAGACUGCGGCUUGGAACCCUGGCUGAGUUGUGACAAUGAGCCCCCUGACAUCUAUGCUUUGGGCUUCCAAGAGCUGGACCUCAGUGCUGAGGCCUUUUUUUUCCUGGACUCACCCCGGGAGCAGCAGUGGUUGGAGGCUGUGGAGCAGGCACUUCAUCCCAAGGCAAAGUACAAGCUGGUCCGGAUGAUCCGCCUAGUAGGUAUGAUGCUGGUGGUGUUUGUCAAGAAGAAGCACAAGUAUCGCAUCCAGGAUGUGGCUGUGGAGACUGUGGGAACAGGCAUCAUUGGCAAAAUGGGCAACAAGGGAGGCGUGGCUGUACGUUUUGUCUUCCACAACACCAGCUUCUGCUUUGUCAACUCUCACCUGGCAGCCCACGUGGAUGACUUUGAGCGCCGCAACCAGGACUAUAAGGACAUCUGUGGCCGCAUGAGCUUUCAUCUGCCAGGCCGUGCUCCCCUCAGCAUCAUCAAGCACGACGUGGUCAUCUGGCUGGGGGAUCUAAACUAUCGCCUAUGCUUGUCCGAUGCGUAUGAAGUGAAACGGCUCAUCUCCCAAAAGCAGCUGAAGAAGCUUCAGGAAUAUGAUCAGCUCAAUUUCCAAAGACAGACCAGGAGAGCAUUCUCUGACUUCAUGGAAGGCGAGAUAAACUUCAUACCCACUUACAAGUUCGACCCAAAAACAGACCGGUGGGAUUCGAGCGGUAAGUGCCGGGUCCCAGCCUGGUGCGACCGGAUCCUCUGGAGGGGAAGCGGAGUGAAGCAGCUACAUUACCGCAGCCACAUGGUGCUACAGACUAGUGAUCACAAACCUGUCAGCUCACUCUUUGAAAUUGGGGUGAAGGUUCUGAAUGAGCAACGCUACAAGCAGCUCUUUGAUGAGAUGAUGCGCACGGUGGACAGGAUGGAGAACGACUUCCUGCCUUCCUUAUCUCUUACACAGACUGAGUUUAACUUUGAGAACGUGAGGUUCUGGCAGCCACAGCGGAAGCACCUUUUUCUCACCAACAAUGGCCAAGUUCCCUGCCAGUUUGCUUUCAUACCCAAACCCAGGAGCUCCCAUUACUGCAAACCCUGGCUGAAGGCUGACCCUUAUGAAGGCUUCCUGGAUCCCACUGAGACGCUGGAGAUCAUUCUGGAGGUUCAUGUCAACAGAGACAGCGUGGCCCGGCUCAACUCCGGGGAGGACACUCUGGAUGAGAUCCUGAUCCUCCACCUGGACCGAGGGAAGGACUACUUCAUCGCCAUCGCUGGCAAUUAUCUGCCCAGUUGUUUUGGGACGAGCCUAGAGAAGCUCUGCCAGACCAGGAAACCCGUCCGUGAAAACCCUGUCCCCAAACUCAUUGACCUGGAAGAAGAGAGGUCCGAGUCUCAGUUGAGCUUCCUGGAGGUGGAAGGGCCAGAUACUGAGGACAGGCUCUUGAGGAUGCCCAAAGAGGUGUGGCUGCUGGUUGACCACCUCCUCACAAAGGCCUGCCGACAGGAGGGUCUUUUCCAAAAUCCAGGAUUGCCAGAUGAGGUAGAUGCAAUCAUUGACUGUCUGGACACCAGUAUUCCUUAUACCAUCCCUGGCUGCCAUCACUCAGUAGCAGAGGCCCUGGUGAUCUUCUUGGAGGUGCUGCCGGAACCCGUGAUCUGCUACAGGCUCUACCAGCAGUGCCUGGACUCUGCCCAUGACAGCCAUCUCUGCCGACAGGUUGUGUCUCAGCUGCCAGGGCCCCAUGCUGAAGUGUUCCGCUACAUGAUGGCCUUCCUGAAGCAGCUGCUGAAGCAUUCUCACAGCAACAAUCUCAGCGCUAACUUACUCGCUACUCUGUUUGCCAGCCUGCUUAUUCGUCCUCCACCUCUGCUGGUGAGCAGGCAGACAGCAGAAGACCGCCAGAAAGCCAUUACCUUCGUUCUGGGGUUCCUUAUAGGAGGCGAUGAAGAAUGAGGAGAGCCUUCUAAAAGUCAGGUUCAUCGUAGCACUCUGCGCAGCUGAUGCAUUGUGGGAGCUGGUAGGAUUGUCCUGACGCAGAGCUGGGUCAGUUCUAUUUUUGGAUCCGUGGAUGGGAAGCUUUUCGGUGGCAGCCCCCCCC